UAGCAUAGUGCUAAAUGUUUGUCACAAGAGGGUUUAAAUCUCCUAAUAACCCUUUUUUUGGAAAGUGUAUCAUGGAGGACGUGAGCAGCAGCAGCAGCAGCAGGACAAGAGUCAAGACAAAUGGCGGGAAGGCUUGAUAAAAACAACAGAUCUCUGACUCCCUAAUCUUUUUGUGUCCACCACGUUAAUCCAUCCAAGCAAGCCCAGUAACCCCGCCCUCUUGCCGCGAUCACCCUUCCCCUGGUGGCGCUCCGGUGUGCCCAACAGAUACGCACUCACAUAUUUAACCAGUUAAGUGACAUGUUUAUGACUUAGUUUCAGCUGUUGUCUAGAAUCCCGUUUUCACUGGGUUGAUUUUUUUAUCUUAUGCAGUUAUAUAUUUGUGUUGUUUUUUUGUACAUAAAUACGCUGCUCUUGUCCUCGUGUUGUGCAUCCUCUUUGUUUUGGCAACAGGAAAGCACCUGAAAGCAUCACGGUGUGUUCGCUGCGAGUGUUUUUGUGUCAUGCUCUUGUUUAUGAGCUGUGAGGGUGAGAAGAGGGAGGAGGGGGGGUCAUCAGGGAGGGGAAUGGCAGCGGUUGCCAGGGGAAGAGGAGGUUGUGUCUAAUGAGGUCACACCCUGGCAACCCAGUAACUCCUCCCACUAGACCCCCCCCCCCACUUCUUUAUACCCCCACACCCCUGACAGGGAGAACUCUCCGUGGUGCUGAAAGCAGAAAAACACUUCAUUUACAAUCAAGGCGCAUGUAAAGGCAGGCGGAGGGGGGGCAGCAUUAAACGAUUCAUCGCAGGAGAAGAAUCUGAUAUGCGUGCUUAUGGAAAUGAGUUCAAAAGUGCACAGCGAGAGGAAUAGCAGUGCAGGAGAAAAGGAAGGAGAGAGGAGAUUGGCUGCUGCUUUUGUGGAAGGUGUGCUACAGUAGACAGAGGGCGUGUUCUUGUUGUUGUGAUCUACAGUUGGGAAGCCCAGUGUCAUCUGCUUUAGCACAGACCGACUGUGCAGAUCCGUGUGCCUGAUCGGCGCGGGCGGGGAAUGCAAAUCCUGGAAACCCACGGCACCUCGCUCUACCUCAGCAUCCACCUUGAGGACUCCUUUUAUGUGUGAAGACGGAGAAGAGAAACCCUUCUGAGAAAGAAGCGUUUGACAGAUUCUCAAGCUGCACGGGGACUAUGUGAGUGCAGGUACUGCACGCAUUCGAGGGUAGGAUCUUUUUAUACGCCGCGUUCUGCUGCUAUCUUUAGCAUGGACAGAUGUGUGGAGAAGUGAAGCUGACGACUGGCCUGGAGUUUUGGCAUCAUCUGGACUGGAGGAGUCCUAAUUUUGGCCCGGCGAGGAAGAGUUAGGCUGUGCACCAAAUGGCCUAUCUCUUUUUCUACCAUCCGUAUCCUGGGUCAUAAGGACUCCUUCUAGCAGACCUAUACACUGGACCAUACAAUGGAUGGGAGUUUAUGUGGAUUUAAGAGGAAAAGUGCACAGGUGCUGAAGAAAAGCUCAGAGUUCAUUGGACUAAAGUGGACUCCAGGGAAGACAGAGGUCCAAAAGCCUGCAGGCUCACAGCUCUGUUAAUGCGGCGGAAAAAACUCGGAGAAUGAUGAGCUCCAAGGAGGAGGAAACUCUGAGUUUUUUCCAGUAUGUGGAGGAGAACGGGCUGAUGGCCUACAACGGCCUGCUAGCUCAGAACUUGGAUCACACCAGGAAUGAGAGAAAUAGGACAUUACUGCAGGAAAAAAACGACAAAAAAAGAAAACAAGAGGAAGCCAUCAGGAGAACUGGUGAGAACGUAGCAGCAGAGGGCAAGCACCUACGAAUGGCCUCUAUAACGAUGCCGGAUCCCCCGGAGCGUCUGCCCAUGCCGCACCUGCACGCCAUCGCCUGCGGGCAGGGCUUCUCCGUGCGCUCCCAGUCCCUCCACUCCGUGGGAGGUGGGAACAAUGGGGGCGGCGGCGAGGAGGAAGUUGGGAGUCCAACCUCAAGAAAGCAGCCUCCGCCUAAGCCCCGGAGAGACCCGGCAACCAAGCUGAGCAUGUCGUCCGACGCGGUGGACCACAGCCCCAUUUACACCUGCUACGGGGAGAAAUGUGAUGCUGCUCAAGGAUGCAGUGAGGACUGCAGGAGGGUCCCACCCCCCAAACCCAAGAGGAACCCCAACACACAACUGAGUGUUUCCUUUGAUGAGUCCUACAUAAAGAGUCACGGAAACGGCGGGGUCUGCAUGUCCAAACCCCUGAACUACACCACAUCCCCGUCCGAACGCACCCACUUGCUUUCACAGAGCGACGAGAGCCCGUCAAACGACUGUGAGGACGAACCCGUCUACAUUGAGAUGGGCGGGAUUGAUGUUGGAACUCGAGAAGCGUUAAGAAUCGAGGAUGAGGAGCCCGGAGAGUCUGUGUACGAGGAGAUGAAAUAUCCAGUUUUAGAUGAUAUGGAAUACCGCACUGACCCUGUGGGAUGUCGCUCCGCCUGCCCCACCCCGGCACCUUACGACCCCGAGCCUCUCAGUCGCUGCUCCACUCCUCGAAACAUUCCUCUCUGCGACAUUCCAGCCCCGUUUCCCAAUUUACUCACUCAUCGGCCCCCACUGCUGGUGUUCCCACCAGCUCCUGCCCAGUGCUCCCCCAAUUCAGACGAGUCCCCCCUCACCCCAUUGGAUGUAAACAAACUGCCCAUGUUGGACAAUCAGCCCUUUAGCAAAUCCCCUACUUCUUCCAAUGAGCAAAGUUCCUCUGCGCACAUUCGUAGGGAGCUCACCUCCACCCCAACGCUCACCGUCUCUGGUCGCUCUUCUGCGCCGCCGCUACCUUGCACCCUGUACAAAUCGUCCUCAUCCUCCUCCUAUCAGCGAAGUCACUCCGCUUGCCCUUCGCCCGUGAGCAUGGGCCGUUGCCUCACCCCCCUGAGCCUCAUGCGCACGCCUCCCUUUGAUGCUCCAAUGCACUUUCCUGGGGGGCUGCCGCGGAGUGCCUCUGCUACCCCUCACGGUAAGGGCUCGCCACCUCAAGAUGGUCCAGGACGCCUCCAUGGUUCUAUGCAGAAUGUGUCAACAGGUCGUUCGCGAACACCUACCAGCCCAUUGGAUGAAUUAACAAACCUUUUUACUACAGGCAGGAAUAUGCUGAAGAAGAAUUCCAGCAGCAAAAGGCUUAAAGAACCUGGAGAAACUGAGUCCAAAGGCAAAUCCCACAGUGAGUCCAGGCGAGAGGGUAAGGAACGCCACAGUCACGGCAAGGAGUCGAAGAGAGAGUCCAAGGAGCGGCACAGCAAAGAGUCAUCUCACAGAAAGGAUAAAGACAGAGACAAAGACAAGGGGAGCAGCAAUGUGGAAGCUCUGCCUCAUAGACGCAACAGUAAGGACCGUACCUUUAGCAGUGUAGAUGCACCACCUGCCCGCCAGGCCAGCAAAGACCAGGCCGGUGCAGAACCAAUUCCUGUACGACAGGACUCCAAAGACCGAACCUGCAGUUCUUCUGAGCCUAUAUCUUUUACAAGAAGAGACUCCAAAGACAGAGGGAUUAACAAUGGAGACCAGAUGCUAAGGAGAGACAGCAAAGACUGGAAUGGGGGACUCUCAGCGGACUCGGCUCUAAGACAGGACAAUAAAGAGCGUGACAGACAGCUAGAUCAACCACCUGAGAUUUUACCGAGACAAGACAGCAAGGACAGGACAAGAAAUGGUUUAGACUAUAGACAUGAUAGUAGAGAACGACUUCUGGAUCAGCAGUCUGAGCUCUUAUCUCGACAGGAUAUUAAAGAGCGAACCAGGAAUGGGAUAGACUCCAAGCAUGAACACAGGGACAAGCCACCAGAGCUUUUGUCCCGACAAGAAAGCAAAGAUAGAUCUAGAAACGGACCGGAAUAUAGGCAUGAUAGCAAAGACCACCGUGACUUGUUACCCCAUCAGGAAAGCAAAGAGAAAGAAAGGAGUGAAAAUGAGCACAGACACGAAGGAAGAAUUGACCAGCCACCUGAGAUCUUGCACAGACUUGAAACAUCUAGAAAUUCCAAGGACAGAGUUGAGUAUGAGGGGAGAGAUCGAGGUACCCACAACGGAGAUCUUCCUCGGUCUCCUUUGUCCAGGCAGGACAGUAAAGAUCUGAGCAGAACUGGCCUUGAAGUACGAAGGGACAGCAAAGACAGAAGCCUUAACGGCUCAGAACAGCAUCUUUAUGAUGUCAAAUGCACAAAGAGUCAGUUUGCAGUGGACCACAGGUCUGACAAUAAGGAACGAGGAUACAGGGGUGAUGGCACGCCACGGCGAGAAAACAGAGGGAACUACAGCAUGGACCCAGUAAAAGCACACGAGAAGAACGGGAGCACAUAUUCAGGGCAGCAUUCAUCAAGCACUACACCUACUCACCAUGGGAGAUCAUCAGGAAGCCCACCAACGACUAAGGGAACAGGAAACGAUUCAAAAUCAUCAUCGAAAUAUAGCCGCUCAUCUUCUAUGCCAACUAAUCCUUCCCCAAUAGGGACUCCACAGAGAAGAGCAACAGAAUCACAGAUGCCCCAGAUGCCAUGGAUCUGUGGAGACACGACCAUGCUAGAGCAGAUUGAAAGGAAACGCACGCUGUGCAUGGAGAUCCGCUCUCGGCAGCAUCCGCACCUGCAGAAAUUCUCAGAGAGGGCUUCACCCACGGACCGGAACGAGGACAGGAACCAAGAGCAGAGUCAAUGCAAACAGGAAAGCUCGCCCAUUCUCCAGGGCUGGGGGAAGAGCGGCGGUGGAAAGAAGAUCCGUCCUCCCCCCUAUCCCACACAAAAAACUGUAUUCUGGGACACAGCCAUCUGACACGACAAAAUAAUUGAACCCCUUUGCCAUACAAGUCCACAUCCCCUGCUCCCUCGCUUCUCGUCACGGUGUACUGAUUCUCUGCAAAAAGAAGAGCUUCAGGGCAAAGAGAACCAGAAGGAUGAUCCUCACUGAUGUCAAAGGACUAAGGUGGACACCACAGCAAUAUUUCUGCUCAUUCAGGUUGUCACAUUUUCUUACCAUCACUGGUGAUAUUUGAUAUUUUUCUAUUUCCUGUGACUGGGCUCUUGUAUCAUAAAUAGUAGAGUAGAUAUUUGACGAUGAAUAGAUAUUUUCUAAAUGAAAUGAUGGGAAUCAAAAAGCAGUUUAAAUUAAGUAUAGUAGCUGUAGAUGCAGUGUAAUAUUUGUUUUUAUGUUAUCUUUCAUUUGAAUACAUAAUCUAUCAAUACUUGUACUGUAGUCGCAUAAUUUAUUUAUGCCCAACUCUUUUUUGUGCUCAAGAGCUCUUACAUGAAUGGUGUGCUCAGUUCUAUCUAUACUUAACAUUUUCACUGUUGUAUUGUAAGUUUCGGAGUGACCGUAAACGUGCUUUAAAGUCCAGAGCACUCCAUACAAGGACCAGUAUGUUUCAGAAUGUACAACAGUUGGUCCAACAACAGAAAAAGAAGAAACUCUUGUACCUUGGUUAGUGUAUUACGGUAAGAAACUGUGUAGUCACUACGUCGAAGCCUUUUGAAGCAUUUGAAUUGUUUCAUAGGAGUUGCUGUCUGUUUUUUGUUGGACAGAGAAAGUGUAAAAUGUUUCUUCUGUAUUCUAAGAUGGAAAGUAGUAAAUUAGAUCUUAAAUUAUCAACAGUUUAAUUCUAAAGACCAGCCAAAGCCUGUAAAAGCAAGACACUGGUGUGGUUGCACUUUCGGAUGGUUGGUAAUUAAAAAAAAAAAAAAAAAUGGGGUUAGUGGCAAUAGCUGGUGAAUGCCAGCACCUUUAUGUUGCCAUGCACACUGUAAGCACCAUGGCAGUGUAAAUACUUGAUGCCAACAACCAGCCAGUACAAUCAACACCUGUGCUUUUAGAAGAUUUCUUGAUUUUACUGUAGAUUUCAAUAGCCAUAUGCACUUGUUUAAGAAAUAACUUUCCAGAUUAUGUUUAUAUAUAUAUUUUUUGGAGUCAUGAGUUGUGCCAUGUACUGUAUGUUUCUUCUUUUGGCUGCAAGGCAAGGCCUCAGGAGACUGCGUGUGCGCUACAUGCAGGCAUCUUUAACAGCAUUACCUUUUUCAGUUGGGCUUGCUACCAAGAUCGAAUCGUUUACGGACCUAUAACAUGGCAGCAGUUAUACCUUUCCAAGACAGGGGGUUGCUCAACAGCGUUCAAAGCUUUUGGGCUUCCUUUUGUAAGGGAAAAAUAAAGUGUACCUCACAUAUAUUAUCACAACUAAUCAGGCGAAUCAAUUACACAUCCUUCUUUCCCUUUUUCUCUCCCUCUACCUCAACACCCUUUCUUAAAAAUCUGACCGGUCAUAAAAUGCACAGUCAAUAUUGCCAAAAUAGGUUCGCUUUGACAAAAAGAGCUUGCCCGGCAGUACCUUCUUUGGUGAAGAUCAAGGACGCAGAGAUCGCUCUAUGUUCUAACUGUAUGUGUGAAGGAGAGAGCCGUGUGCGUUCAUGGGUGUGUGCCAAGCUACACUGUAUGCAAGUUGCAAGUUAAAAAUGAUUGUUUUAAGACAUUCACUUUGCCCCAUCAUGAUGUUGGUGGGGGGAGGCGGGAAAUGUAACAAUGAUGUAGUACAAUCUUCUUGUGUGUAUAAACGUGCACUGUGAAAAGGUAGAGAGAGCACCGCAUUGUAAGUCCUCUGUCUUAUUGCACUGAGUGUUCUCUUGUUUUUUACGUUACAAUAAAAGAAAAAUGAAAAAAAAAAAACAUGUCUGAUGAAAAAAAAGUACUGUAUUCUGAUUGUCACAUGGGUUCUGUUGAGAGAAAUAAAUAAAUAUGAACUUGAAACCAGA